AUGAGUACAAACAAUAAUCAUGCACAUCUUAUUUCCUUGUUGGCAGGCUCAACUGCUGGACUUUCUGUUGAUCUUGCACUUUUUCCAAUCGAUACAAUCAAAACUCGUUUGCAAAGUUAUCAUAACAAUGUUCAAAGGACUCCUGGUUCCCUCCGUCUUUUUGCCGGUUUCCCAGCAGUUGCUAUAGGUUCUGCUCCUGCAGCUGCAGUAUUUUUCUUAACUUAUGAGGCAGUUAAAGAUGUAUGUAGGGAUCUCGGUAUGCAUCCGAUAAGUCAUUCAGUUCUAUCUGCUUGUAUUGCAGAAAUUGUUGCUUGUAUUAUAAGAGUACCCUGUGAAGUGGUAAAACAGAGAACGCAAAAUCAGCCUGCUCAUGGUGUUUCAACUGUGUUUCUACAGACUUUGCGUAAUGAGGGCAUUCGUGGAUUUUACAGAGGAUAUGUCAGCACAUUAUCACGAGAAAUCCCAUUUUCACUCAUUCAAUAUCCCAUAUGGGAAAAAUUAAGGUAUAUGACUAUGGAAUGGAACAGAAAUGCAGUUGGAACCGAUGACAUUACAGACCCAACAGCGUUCCAGUUAAAGGCUUGGCAGUCAGCUAUGUGUGGAUGCUUAGCUGGCUCAAUAGCUGGCGCUGUAACCACACCUUUAGAUGUGGCCAAAACUCGAAUAAUGUUGGCUGAGCCCAAUUCUAAUUUUGCAUCUGGUCAUAUAAUUUACGCCAUGCGAACAAUAUUUCAAGAGAGUGGAAUUCAUGGGCUUUUCUCAGGUUUAAUACCUCGAAUCACAUUACUAUCUGUUGGUGGAGCUAUAUUUCUUGGCAUUUAUGAUAUUUCUACCAGUUUCUGGACUUUAUUUCUUCAAAAUUCUAAAGAUUGA